CUGGUGCAGACCAAGGGCACCGGCGCCUCGGGCUCCUUCAAGCUCAACAAGAAGGCGGCCUCCGGGGAAGUCAAGGCUAACCCUACAAAGGUGGUGAAGGCCAAGGUGACAGGCACUUCUAAGAAGCCUAAGAAAGUCACGGCGGCUGUUAAAAAAGCUGUCAAGACUCCGAAAAAGGCUAAAAAGCCGGCUGUGACCAAGAAGUCGUCCAAGAGUCCCAAGAAGCCCAAGGUUGUGAAACCUAAGAAAGUAGCCAAGAGCCCUGCCAAGGCCAAGGCUGUGAAGCCCAAAGCGGCCAAGGCGAAGGUGACCAAGCCAAAGACCGCUGCCAAGCCCAAAAAGGCAGCGCCCAAGAAAAAGUAAGAGUUGCAGUUGGAACUUAACUCCAAUAACCCAACGGCUCUUUUAAG